AUGGGCAAAUGUAGAGCUGAAAUUCAGAAAGCCUACCGCGAGCGACUGAAACAGAAGGAUAACGAAGGGUAUCUUGCAAAGGAGAGAGCAAGAAGGCGUGCUUGUUAUGUUCCAAGUGCACAGCUCAGCAGAAAGAAACUUAAGGAAAGAAACGAGAAAAACAGGGAGAGACUUCGGCGUUUCUAUGAGAAAAAGAGGCGCGAAAGAGAAAUAGACGGUGAGAACACUAAUCAUGACACAAGCGGAUAUGAAACAGCAGAAUCCGGGCUGUUACAGGUGCAGUUCCAAUUUCCAAAUAGAAAAAAGGGUCCACAGAAGCGUUGGAAAGAAGAUUUAAUCAAAGCUAGAGAAAGGAUAAGAGAGCUGGAAAAGCAAAACAAAGAAACAAAGAGGAAGAACAAGUCAUUACAAAGAAGAUUCCAAAGAAUCAAGCACAAGAUUUCUAGUUCAGGGAAUUUGACACCCAGGAAAGAAGUUCAGAAUCUCAUGAAAGCUGCAAAAUUAAGUGAGGAACAGAAGAAUGCUGUAAAGAAACCUCUUUUACUCGCAUCAGUAAUAGCAAAGGAGAUCGAUGUAACAAAAAGAAAUGUAAGGAGAACUGAGAUGAAGGCGGUGUACAGUGUAGUCAGUGGUAAAAUUGUCAAAAAAUACAGAUGCUUAACAUCCUUGGCAGCAAAGGCUGGUCUGGACAGAAACCGCAUGUCUAAAGUAAAAACGAAAUCUUUGUCCACAGCUCGCUACACACGCCGCAACAAAAAGAAAAUGUUUGAGAGAAAAGUAACAGAAUUUAUGGAGAGGGAAGACAAUAGCAGAGCUCAGCCAGGCAAGAACGAUGUGAAGAAAACAGACAAUGGAGAGAAAGCACAAACACGGGUACUCAAGGAUUACUUAGAGAAUCUUUACAAAAAGUUCAAGUCCGAGAACCCUGAGAUGAAGAUUUCUCUCACAACAUUCAAACGGAUAAGACCAAAGAACAUUCUCUUAAUGGCACUUAUAAGCCGUAAUACAUGUCUCUGCACCAAGCAUCAGAAUAUGGCACUUACAGCAAAAGAGCUGAAAGCAGCAGGAUUGAACAUUCCCCUUAAUCCAGAACAUAUGGUAAAAGAAAACGUUGCAGUUAAAGCAAAAGAACAUUUUGCAGAGAAUGAUGUCGUAAAAGUGAAUCAGUGGAAAAGAGUGGAAGUAGAGGAAAAAGGAAAAAAGAAAUAUGUUACAAAAAUCAUGGAGCAGUCUUUUGAGAACAUAAAAUCGUUCCUAGACUUCCUGAAUAAGCAAACGGAAGACUUUAAAGGUCAUGUAAGUCGCGUGUCAACCCAGUAUGAACAGAUACACGCCCUUAAAGGAAAUCUACCUCAGCAUAAUGUAGUCAUUCAGAUGGACUUCGCCGAAAACUACACCUGUAAGUCACUGGAGGAAGUUCAGAGCGCAUAUUUUAAUCAGACGUGCGUUACCUUACACCCCAUGGUCGUGUAUUACCCUAAUUCAGAAAAUACCAUCGAACACAAAAGUAUCAUCGUUGUCUCUGAUGAAAUGGGCCAUAAUUCAACCACAGUUUUAACCUUUAUUGACAAAAUUAUGCCAAUAAUUAAAAACAUAGACCCUGACGUAUCGACCAUUCAUUAUUGGACAGACAGCCCGACAAGUCAAUAUAGAAAUAAGACUAUAAUCGACUUUGUUGCAAACCACAAGAGUACCCAUGGGAUGAACGCACGAUGGAACUAUUUUGAGUCCGGCCAUGGGAAGGGGCCGUGUGAUGGUCUUGGAGGCACGGUGAAAAGACUGGCGGAUGAAGCAAUGAGGAGUGGGAAAGUGAUGAUACAAGAUGCCAAAGCUUUCUAUGAUUGGGCAAAAUCUUCUAGCAUGAAAAACGUCACUUUCGUGGAGUCAGCGGAAUGUGAAAAAAAGAAAGAUGAAUUAAAUGCAUAUCAGUCAGAGAUCAGAGCGGUGAAAGGUACAAUGAAAUUACAUGCAGUAGUUGGUCUCGGAAACUCCUGUGUGAAGAUAAAGGAUGUAAGUUGUUACUGUGACGAAUGCUUGUCCGGUAAUAUUUGCAGUGGUUGGAAUGAAGCAGUAACUCGAACAGUUGCAAAUGAGAACAAUGCCCUUGAAGAAAUCGUUUCCCCUACUGGUGACAGCAAUGUCAAGUUGAAUAUAGGAGAUUUUGUUGCAGCAUAUUAUGAUGUGGAGUGGUACGUUGGAAAGGUUGUCGACAAGGAUGAUGAUGAUGGAGAGUUCGAGAUCUCUUUUAUGGAGAAGAGAAAGGAGUUGUACAGGUGGCCGGGGAAACCUGACAAACUAUGGGUAUCAGCAGACAAAAUCAUCUGUAUUAUUGAUGAACCUAUUCCAACUGGGAAGUAUGGUGGACUUCACAAGCUGUCAAAUGAGAACCAAAGCAAAAUAGCCGAAAACAUCAAGUGA